AAAUUAAAAGAAAACAAGGUACUAAUUAAUUAUCCAUAAUGGGUGUUCACAAAGAUGUUAGUUUCCAUGCUUGCUUACUGGUACUUGGAAUGUUUCAACUUAUAAGCGCCACGGAACUUGACGAUGCUACCAUGUUUUGUACCAUGGAAUGCGGUAAAUUUUCCUACGCUAUAUGUCCACGUUCAAAAGGAAGUUCGAGAAAUCCCAUAUGCACCAAUUGUUGUGCAGGCUACAAGGGUUGCAACUAUUACAGUGUUAAUGGAACUUUCAUUUGUGAAGGAAAAUCUGACCCUAGAAAGCAAAACACUUGUCCCAAAAAUUGUGAUUCAAAAAUUGUUUAUUCAAAGUGUCCUCUUUCAGAAGGAAAUAGGGUAAUUGAAAACAUCGAAUGCACCUCCUGUUGCACGGGUUACAAGGGUUGCUACUAUUUCGGUCUAGACAGCAAGUUUGUUUGUGAAGGAAAACGUAGUGAACCCAAGAUUUGUACUCAACAAUGUGACCCUAAAGUUGCUUACAUGAUUUGUCCAUCUUCUGGAUCGACAAAAUUACUUACUCAAAUUUGUGUCAAUUGUUGUACUGCAAAACCAGGUUGUAAACUCUAUGGUCAUGAUGGAUCUCUACUUUGUACUGGUAAGUCAAAAUCCAUCAAUUUAGUUUGUUGGCAAGUUCUUGAGUUGUAUGCACCAACUUCUGCCCUUAAUCCCGUGCUUGACACGACAGGAAAAAUGAUUCGAGUAGGAUUCGACUACAUGGUUGUGCCAGUAAGGAAGGAUUUAGGAGGCGAUCUUGGGCUAGCCUUUAUUGGAACCCAAGUUUGUCCACUUGGUAUUGGCCCAUGUCUAAAUAACGAUUCAGGCCUUUCGAUAAAUUUCUUUCCAGUGAAUUCGAAAAAAGGUGUAAUUCGUGAGUCCAUUGAUCUAAAUGUUGAGUUCACGGAAACUUAUACUAUAUGCCAACAUCACUCCAACGUGUGGAGGCUCGAUCACUAUAAUCCUCAAAAGGAAGAUCAUAUGAUUACUAAUGGCGGAGUAAAAAGAAAUCCUGGUCGCGACACCAUUAGCAAUUGGUUUAAGAUUGUGAAAUAUGGAGUUGGAUACAAGUUUGUCUUUUGUCCAAGUGUAUGCAAUUAUUGUGAUGUGAUUUGCAAGAACGUUGGGGUUUUUGUACAAAAUAAUGGCCAGACACUUUUGAAACUGAGUAAUGAGCCAUUAGAAGUCAGGUUCAAGAAGGUGUGA